AUGAUUCGAAGAGGUCCACGAUUUUGGUUUCUCAACUGUUGCAUUUCACCGCAAUCAGAAAUAGCCCGAAUAAGGAUAGAUAGUUCGAUGAUUGGCGGCCCUACGAAUUUCCGCCACAUUGGACAUAUGGGUGCGAGUGAUCUCAAUGCUACAUUCAAUGUCGAUGCAAUAAGUUGCUUGCUUAGGUCAAAAGGUGAUGAUUCUUAUUCAUUACCAGUACCACAGCAUCUUCGGGCAAAUGAUGUACCUGUUAGAGCACUGUAA